AUGACCAUCGCCAGCAGCAACACCAUGACCUCGACCACCUCAGCCGCUGAGCGAACUCUCAACAUCCCCGAGCUCCUCGAGCAAAUCCUCCAACACCUCCCCGCGUAA